CAGGCCCAAAUCAAAACCACUUCACUCAAGGAGGUACACAGAUAUAACCUCUCUCUCUCCUUUAUAUAUCAAAACAGAAACACACCUUACCAGAGAGGAGAGCUUAGACUGUGGAUUUUAUUUCUGCUGCCUCUGAGGAACGACAUGACCAAGGAGACUGAGGCUCUGAUGAUUUUACAAAACGAGAUCUUUAAUUACCCAUGCUACCCUGACAGCUACCUAAUGGAUUCCUGGAACUACAUGGACACUGAUGGCAGCAAAACUAAAUCCAGGCUCACUGAGGAAGAUCUCAACAGUAUCUCCAUCUUUGCAAGUGAUAUUUGCAAGACUCCAAAAGAGCAGAAGAUGACUUCCUGUUCACAUGCUGGCAGUACAUUUAAACCGAUAGACAGAACACCACAUGGUUCUUCCCCUGAACUGACAACUCUACAAAACUCAAACCUCAUGAAGCUGGUAUCCGAGAGUAUUUGCAUCAAUCAAUCACAAGUUACGAAGCAAAUUUCUCCAAGCAACAACAGCUACAUCCAGGCCGUCGCGGGCGACAGCUAUGAAAAGCAAGCCAUCAACAACAUAUUUGAUUCCCUUAUGCUCAAUACGCCUCAUAAACCAUGGCCUUCGGAUACCUCCUACCUAGACGCCAGCACUGAACCUCUAGGCUACAGCACUGAUUUUGUGGCCCCCCCAAGUCCUGAUUAUUCUGACUCGUACUCAAACUCUCCUCCUGAGAGGUACAGUAGGGAUGAUUUUCAGUUUAUUCUCGGAGCAUCUCAAGCCUCUCAAAACAAGACCACAGAGAUUCCUAUGGUGUACCUGAACAAGGGUCAGUUCUACCCCAUCACCCUGCAGGGAGUGGACAGCAGUGCUGGGAUCCCGUGCAACAAAGUGAAGACUAUGAUCAUGGCAGUGUUUGAAAAUGAGAAGAGUCCUGAGAUGCAGCUGAAGUGUUGGAAUCAUUGGCACGCACGGCAACCGACAGCUAAGCAGAGGGUCAUUGAUAUUGCUGACUACAAAGAAGUCUUCAGUGGCAUCAGCGAUGUAGACGAGGUCGCUUUUAACGCCUUAUCCUUCAUCUGGAACACCAAUGAAGAAGCUAAGGUGUAUAUUGGUAUCAAUUCCCUCAGCACAGAUUUCUCAUCUCAGAAGGGAGUGAAAGGCGUUCCUCUAAACCUGCAGAUCGACACGUAUGACUUCAGCUCUGGCACCAACCGUCUCAUCCACCGAGCCGCCUGCCAGGUCAAGAUCUUCUGCGAUAAGGGUGCAGAGAGGAAGAUGCGAGAUGAAGAACGCAAAAGGGUCAAGAGGCGACCCAAGAAUGUUGCUGACUCCACUAACAGUGGAAAACAGCUUGUUUCCAGCUCAAUUGGGAAGGACUGCACUUUCUUCAAGGCCCUGGACGACCACAUCACACAACCUGUGCUGUUCAUCCCUGAGACCCACUACAGCAACCUGCAGCGCUUGGUGGUGACUACCAGUGCAGACGAAAGUGAGAGGAACUCGCUGAAACGUGUCGCCUGUUUCUCUGAUUCAGGAGAGCAGUGUGGCUUACCGCUCAGCAAACAACCACGCAGGGAAGAACAGCAAAGAGUCCUCCUGUAUGUACGACAAGAAUCAGAGGAAGUGUUUGACGCCCUGAUGCUGAACUCUCCCACCUUGAAAGGACUCCGGCAAGCGAUUUCAGAAAAAUACAGCCUGCAAGAAGACACCAUUGGGAAAAUCUUCAAAAAAUGCAAACGAGGGAUUUUUGUGAACAUGGACGAUAACAUCAUCGAACACUACAGCAACCAUUCCGCCUUCCUCAUCGAGAUCACCGAGACCCUGCUCAAUCAAUUCCAAGUCACGCUACUUGAGUUAUGAGGGACAUCAUCUUCCAUUGAUGCAAGUCCCACCCCCUCACUGGCAGCAUCUCCUCAGCCUGCCAAUCAGAAAGCACUGCCACGUCUCAGAGAUAUUUUUUUUUGGGGCAACAGCUGUCACCAUGGGGACAAUAGAGUGCAGCAGGUUUACAGCUAAACAUCAGGACCAUAUUAAUUACCUCUGUAAAUACAUUCUAUUUUACCUAUUUUUAUUAAUUAUUACUUUUGUUUGUUUUUUAACCACUGUCGAAUAUGACGUAAGCAAUUAAGAUGCAUUGAACAAAAUGAUGAGCGAAGGAAUGAAUGAAUGAGCUGUAAAUAGGAAUUGUAAAUAGAAGUGAAUAUUGUUAACAAAAAGAUACUUUGUAUGUCUUAUGAUUAGAUAUGAUUUGUUAAUAUUUCAGUGAUAGCUUUGCAAUGUUUGCCUGUUUGAAACCCCCCCCCCCCAUCACUGCUGCUUUCUGUGGAAGGAAAAACAGAACAUGGUAGCGGUAUUGCUUACGCAUGCUUGUGUACAUUCCUUUAACUUCAUGUAUGCGCCUCUUAACACUAAGUAGGUUCAUAUGCUUCCAGUCAGGACUCUGAAGCUUCACACUAGCCUGCCUGUUUCACAUCCGAAACUGUCCAAGUCAAAACCAGGGUGGUUUUGGACUUUGAACGUCACACAUUUCCUGCCCGCGGAGCCGCAUUUCUGUCUCAGUGUUUCACUUGUGAAAAAUCAAUAGCUGGUGGCUUUUUGUUGCUCACCGUCGACUCUGCACAUUUCGAGGCUGCUCAAGCAUUACGGGUUUCACGACGAGGUAGCCUCUUGUCCUCCCACAUUUAGUUGAAAAGAAAAAAAGGAACCACAAAAAUUUAAAUCACCAGGAAAAAAAAUCCCUGUUGAAGUUUGGACUGAUGAUCUAAGUUUUUGUGGAAUUUCUUUGUUUAUUCGGAUUUCACAUCACAAGCAUUUCAACUGCUUUGUGUUUCCAUUGUAUAUCAUUGGUAUUUUGCCACAUUAACCCUAUUUGCUUUUGUAUUUCGUCUACUUUUAUAAGGAAAAUAAAAAAUGAAAUGAAA